AUGCGACUUCUUUUAUCCAUUGCCGGUCUCACGGCCGCUGCCAAUGCUCUAGCUCUAAGGGCUGAUGGCAAUGUCACGUCUUCAACAGCAGUAGCCACCCCCACUGCCUGGACCGGUUUCCCAACUCCUACACAAUACACACUCCCACAGGAUGAUCAAAACCUCCAAGAAAGGAAUGUCGAAAUCAAGCUCAAGCGUGACACCAUAACCUACGUACCCUCGAUCAUUGGAGAAACCUCUCUCUUCAUGGGAGGUUCUGUCGGAACCCAGAUAGUUAGACAGGAGCAAGCCAAGUGGAUCCAGGACUUGACUCCAGUGCAGCAAGAUGCCUUCAGAGAGGGCAACGCAUCGCUCAAGGCCAUUCAAGAUCAUGGCGGACUCAAGACUUUGGAAGACUACAAGAUCCUGUACGAUGGCCACUGGUCCGGGUCAGUGCCUGGCGGCAUCGCCCAAGGUCAAUUCAGCAACUUUACCUCAGACCUCCUCUUCGCUAUGGAGCGGCUGUCUACAAAUCCCUAUGUUGUCCGCCGCCUCAACCCAAACUCCGACAAACUCCCAUUCUCUGUCGACGCCAAUAACGUCACCCAUCUCACGGGGACAACCAUCGACGCCCUCUUCAAGUCCGGCAGUCUCUUCCUGGCAGACCACAGCUAUCAAGCCGAAUACACAGCCCAAGAUGGCCGUUACUCAGCCGCCUGUCAGGCGCUCUUCUUCCUCGAUGAGUGGUCCGGGCACUUCCUCCCGCUGGCCAUCAAGACCAACGUCGGCUCAGACCUGGUUUACACACCCCUGGACGACCCCAACGACUGGCUUCUCGCCAAAAUCAUGUACAACGUCAACGACUUCUUUCACGGCCAGAUCUACCACCUCGCCAACUCCCAUGCUGUCGCUGAGAUUGUCAACCUGGCUGCCAUUCGCACGCUCAGCAGCCGACAUCCUGUAUUCGGACUCCUGCAGCGCCUCAUGUUCCAGGCCUACGCCAUCAGAGCGACCGGUGAGAUCGCGCUGUUCAACCCGGGCGGAUUGUUUGAUCAGAGCUUUGCGUUCUCCAACGUAUAUGCGAGGAAGUUUGCGACAGACUUCUACCCAACUGUCGCUGGGCCAUUCCAGGCGAACUACUUCGAGGAGGACCUCCGCGCGAGAGGGCUGUUGAACGCCUCCUACGGUCCGGAGCUGCCUUACUUCCCCUUCCACGAAGAUGGCCACAAGAUUAUCGGUGCCAUCCGCACGUUCAUUGAAACCUUCGUCGACACCAUCUAUGAGUCUGAUAAAGUUCUGACUGAAGAUUCAGAACUCCAGGCCUGGAUUACCGAGGCCCACGGUCCCGCCAAAGUCAUCGACUUCCCUUCCGCCCCGAUCAACACCCGGAAGCAGCUUGUUGAGAUCCUUACGCACAUGGCCUGGCUCACCGGCGUUUCCCACCACGUCCUGAACCAAGGCGAGCCCUUCACCACCUCGGGAGUCUUGCCUCUCCAUCCAGCUUCGCUGUACGCCCCCAUGCCAAUAGCCAAGGGCGGCAUCAAAGAUCUUCUCCCCUGGUUGCCGAACGAGGAGAAGUCUGUCGAGCAGAUCUCGCUCCUGGCACGGUUCAACAGACCGAAGAUUGUUGAGAACAAUGAGACGCUGCUGCACAUGUUUGAUGUUGAAACUCUACUCUCUGGCACUGGGGAAGCUGUGAAGGCUGCCAAUGAACAGUUCAUGAAGGCAAUGGGCACAAUCAGCAAGGAAAUCAGCACGCGCAAGUUUGGCGACCAAGGGUUGAGCCAAGGAAUGCCAUUUAUCUGGACGGGUAUGGAUCCUGGGGUGAUCCCAUUUUAUCUUAGUGUUUAA